AAAAUCUUUUGACAUGGGCACUUUGAAAGCAAUAGAGGCGUUGUAUAAAACCCGGGCCGCUAUGCAUGAUGGAUCCUUUUCUCAAACCUCAAAAUCUCGUCCACAAUGGCUACUAUGCUGGUAACAGACAUCUAUGAGCUCCGGCCCACACAACAAGCAACACUUUCAACCACCAGCUCUAGAACGUCGUUACAUCUUGCACCUUGCGAAAACAAUCUCGACCAGAAUAUUGGAAGACAGCCGAAUGUUACGCCUGCACAAAAUCGUUCGAUGUUGAAGACAUUCCUCAUUGUCUUCCAGCUAUGCAUGAUCAAUUUUCUUACUAGCAUUACGAACGGGCUUAUCACUGUCGGACUCCCAACUAUAGCAUCUUCGACCAAUCUACCUCGAUCUCUGUACCUAUGGCCAACUUCGGUUUACGGUCUCACCUCCGGAGCAACCCUCUUACUAGCAGGCGCUAUUGCUGACCAGAUUGGUGCCCGUUUGGUCGACUUGAUUGGAUGCGUUAUAUUGAGCACGUUCACGCUUGCGUGCAGUCUGUCGAACACGGGCGUUCAGCUUGUCGUAUUCAGAGCAUUUCAAGGCGUCGGCAUGUCCAUGCAUUUGCCUUCGUCCGUAUCUCUUAUCGCAGCCGCUGUCCCACAAGGCAAAGGUCGAAAUUUCAGCUACGGGUGUUUGGGCCUGAGCCAACCGCUGGGGUUUUCUACAGGUCUUGUGGUAGGAGGUAUUAUGAUUGAAAAGGCUGGAUGGAGGUCUGGAUUCUAUAUGUCUGGCGGUGCUCUGGUAGUUGCAACAGUUGUCGCGUUCUUUUUGUUACCCAAACCUCUUCCGACUCCACGAGCCCAUGAUCAUAGGCCAGUACUCAUCCGGCUAUGGGCAGAAAUAGAUUGGAUUGGCGGCAUCAUCGCAUCCGCCGGCUUGGCCUUGUUAUCUUAUGUCCUUGCUCUUCUCAGCGCCGAUCUGUCAAUUAUCCAUAAAGCGUCUACCGGUGCUUUACUGGCAUUGAGUGUGAUUCUCUUGCUCAGUUUUCCUGCUUGGAUGCACUUUCGCCAGAAGAAGGGCAACCCAGCGUUGAUUCCAAACAAUCUGUGGAGAAAAGCUGCUUUCACUUCGACCUGCAUAAUGAUCGCGUUAGCUUACGGGCUCCAGAACGCCAUGGAGUUGUUUUCAAGUCUAUAUUUCCAGGAGAUCCAGAAGACUUCUUUGCUCCUCACAUCGCUUCGUUUAUUGCCGAAUUUGCUCGUUGGAGCAGCUAUCAACUUUAUGGUCGGUAUGCUGGUCGACAGGUUUUCUGCAAGGCGACUGGUAGUUAUCUCCUCCCUGCUUUCCGCUGGCGCGCCUCUAAUGAUGGCUUUCGUCGAUCCGAGAUGGAGUUAUUGGAACAUGGAAUUUUGGGCACAGAUUCUUGCCCCCAUGUGUGGGGACGUACUGUUCACCGUCGGGUUACUCAUCAUCUCCAGCGAAUUCCCUGAAGAAACGCAGGCGUUGGCAGGCGCUGUGUUCAACACUCUUGCACAGUUCGGAAUGAGCUUAGGUGUGACCUUAUGCCAAGUUGUCGCACUUGCUGUGAGUGCCAAAGACUCAGGUCAGGUUUUAAGCAGCAAUAGAUACGGCCCUGAUGAGGAGAGAAAAUCUCUGCUUGGAGGCUACCGGGCCAGCUUCUGGAGUAUGUUUGCAUUUGGAGCUACAUGUGCUCUAGUUGCCGCAGGCGGUUUGCGAAAGGCGGGUAAAGUAGGGGUUAAGAGAGACUAAUUUGUGCAUCAAAAAUAAAAAAGCUGCACUCGAUAUUUAGAAACAAAAGUUUGGGUAUUCUUCAAAGAAGAUAUACAUCUUGACAACGAAUAUGCUUUUUAAGGUCCCACAACAGUCCACCAGAGCAUGCC